CUAUAAGAAAUAGAGAUGAAAGGGAAAACGAGCACCAUACCAGCAGACGAAACUGAACCGAUCGACUCAGUGCAGGGAAGGUCGCCGUCGGGAAUGGAGGCUUCUCGUCUGAGGAACUUUAUUUUACCCUUAGGAGGAGCUCUACUCUUAUCCGGUGUCGCUGGGACGAUCUACUAUUACCUGACGAAGAAGGAUGAUGAAGAUGAGCGUAUGUUGCCUGACACAAGAAAUAAUCAGUGGACGACUGCAGAAGUGCGUGUCCCAACUGAAUGUGUUGGUCUGGUAAUAGGACGACAGGGGGCCAACGUCAAACUCAUCCAGGAACGGACCGGUACAAAGAUCAGCUUUGGAGAUGAAGAAGUUGAUGGGCAUAGAAUAUGUCUUAUACGAGGCCCAGAAGAAUAUGUCACCACAGCACAGAAACUUGUUUUCAAAGCUGUUUCAGAUCAGCCUGUCAUCGAAUCAACUGAAAUGUUUGUUCCUCAGUACACAGUUGGGCGGAUUAUUGGCAGAAGUGGUGAGAGCAUAAGAUCAGUGUCGCGAAUAAGCGGUGCAAGGGUUGAUGUAGAAAGAGAGGAAGAACAGUCGCAGUCAAUAAGAAGCCAAGAUGAUAUGAAGAGGAUAGUGCUCAAAGGCAGCAAAGAACAGAUAGAUGCAGCCAAAUCCCUGAUCUUAGAGAAGGUGGCAGAAGAGGAGGAAAUGAGACAACAGAUCCAGGCCUCGGCGGUUAACAUGUCAAUGAGAGCAAGAGGUCGCCAAGCUCCACUGGAAAAUGGGGGCAGUGAG